GUGGAACUGCCUGCUCGAGUCUUGCCUUAACUGAAUGUAUAGCCAACUCCUAGAUAACUCACAUGCAGCUUUCUUGGCAAAGAGAAAAAAAAACACUGCUUAAGGAAAACAGCUUCUCUUAGACCUUCAUCAGGAUCUAAAUGCAAACAUAUUUUUAAUUCUUUUUUUUCCUUAUUUUAAAGUGUAUAGGCUUACAUAUACGUACGUAUUUCGAUAUUAUCAAUAUGACUCUAACACCAACUCGGACACUAAUUUAGUUCGAUGGCAAGCUGAUGAGGAAGCUACAUGGAAAUGCACGCGCCUACAGUACCACAGACCCUGUUGUGGUCUUGAUUUUUUCUUUUCUUUUUUCGAAUCGGGUGGAAAUCAUUUUUGGUUACAGUGAUGCAGUAGAAGUAGUGACAGACUCCAUUGAUCGAGUUAGUAUUGAUGAAUUCGUUCGUUUACUAAUGCGCUGAAUGUUAUAAUCCAAAUAGCCCUGAAUAAAUAGUGUGGAAGAGUAACAGACCCAUGCAGCGUGGGCUUCGAUAUUUGGUAGGUUUUUAAUUCCGUAAGAAUUAUUUUAGAACAAGCAUUUUUCACACAAGCUAGCAACAUAUGUCUAUGCUACAUAAUAUUUAUUUGCGUUAGAAAAACAACGGGUUCCAUACUAUUAAUUAAUGAAUUAGGCCAAUAUAUUAAAUGUGAGAGAGAGAGAUGCAGAGAUUCGGAUGAUGAUUUCCAUUGGCAGAUGAUGCGUAGUGUGGAGAACACGUGUCCAUUUUUGCCUCAUAUUUUUUCCUGAACUGGAAUUCUUACUUGUCAAACCAAGAAGGGAAAGAAUCUGACUGCCAAUGCACGGGUUAGGUUUUCGUCUUAUGGAAAUCUUGGGUUGCAGAUCUGAGGAAAACACGUAUAACAUCAUCCCCUCUGCGGCUACAAUGCUUUUCCACGGCCUCCCUGGAGGCGACAUGCACAGUGUUGUCGAAGAAAUGGACCGGAGAGGGAAGAGCGAAUCAGCAGCUAUCAGUUCGGCCAUAGAUAUGGGAGAAUCUGAAACGAACAUGCCGUGCAUGAACAACGACAGGGUGGCUUUGUGCGCCGGUUGCGGCGGGAAGAUCGCUGACCGCUACUACCUGCUUGCGGUGGACAAACAGUGGCACAUGCGCUGUCUAAAGUGUUGCGAGUGUAAACUCAACCUGGAGUCGGAGCUCACCUGUUUCAGUAAAGACGGAAGCAUCUAUUGCAAGGAAGAUUAUUACAGAAGGUUUUCGGUCCAGAGGUGCGCCCGGUGUCACCUUGGGAUCUCGGCCUCAGAGAUGGUGAUGCGAGCUCGGGACUUGGUGUACCACUUGAACUGUUUCACCUGCACAUCCUGCAACAAGAUGCUAACGACUGGGGACCACUUUGGCAUGAAAGACAGUCUUGUGUACUGUCGACUGCACUUUGAAAAUCUCAUACAGGGGGAAUAUCAGACACAUUUCAAUCAUGCGGAUGUAGCCUCUCACAAAGGACUGGGACCUGCCAACGCAUUGGGACUAUCCUACUUCAACGGCGUGGGGAGCGUGCAGAAAGGGCGGCCCAGGAAAAGGAAAAGUCCAGGGCCAGGAGCAGACUUAGCAGCCUACAACGCAGCGCUCAGCUGUAAUGAGAACGAUGGAGACUCUAUGGACAGGGACUCUCAGUACAGCUCCAGUCAGAAAACCAAACGCAUGAGGACCUCGUUCAAGCACCACCAGCUGAGGACCAUGAAGUCCUACUUUGCCAUCAACCACAACCCAGAUGCCAAGGAUCUGAAGCAGCUGGCCCAGAAGACUGGCCUCACCAAACGUGUAUUACAAGUCUGGUUCCAGAACGCUCGGGCCAAGUUCCGGCGAAACCUGUUGAGACAGGAGAACACGGGUGUGGACAAGACAUCCGACGGGUCCACCCUGCAGGGGGGCACCCCCUCCGGCCCCGCAUCAGAGAUCUCCAACGCCUCCAUGAGCCCCUCCAGCACCCCCACCACCUUGACGGACCUGACCAACCCCACUAUGCCCACCGUCACCUCCGUGUUAACCUCUGUGUCUGGCGGCAUGGAUGUCCAUGAGUGCAGGAGCCCCUCGCAGACCACCCUGACCAGCCUCUUUUGAUUCCCCCCUCACCUCCCUCAAAGACUGCCCCAUUCUACGUCCUCUGAUGCCCCCGGCCCUUUAACAAAUACCCUUACCAGCCUAUUCCCUGCCCUCCCCCUUGACUCUGUCCACUUGGAGUUAAAAUACACACCUUUGACAGAGACACUGAAUGGACUGAUUAAAAUGAAGGUAAAGGAAAAAGACUUACUUUUGAGCCCCUUUUAGAAUAUUUGCAUAGUGAGGCUGCCAAGUCUUGCAGAAGGAACAGUUGUUGUUAUUUUGUUGUUGUUGCUGUUUUGUUAAGAAUUGGAAAAACUUUAUUUGCAUUUUUUCAAUGUUUACAGACUGAAACUGGGAAAAAGAAAAAGACUGCUUAAUUUUGGAAAUUCAUUUUUCCAGCACAUUAUUUAUGUUGUUGUACAGGAGUCACUGUUAGGAAACAUUGAGAAGGAUUGUAAAAUGAAAGGAAAUAUGAGAUUAAACACAGGUUAAGAUAUCCUUAAACUGC